UGCUGGGAGCUCCAUAUGCAAAUAUGUGGGCGGGCAAUGCCCCGCCCCUUUACGUCUCGGCACGCAGCAACCCAGCCCAGUGCGCAGGCGCGGGGAAGUUAACUUUUGCAGAAAAGUUUGUACAAGUUCAGUAGAGGAGGUGACGGAGGCGGGGCCCAGGGCCAGUCCAGCCCCCAGCCUCCUCUCUUGCAGGUGUCUCCAUGGCAGGCUCGGAGGAGUUGGGGCUUCGGGAGGACACACUGAGGGUCCUAGCGGCAUUCCUUAGGCGGGGUGAGGCUGCCGGGUCCCCUGUUACAACCCCACCCAGGAGUCCCAGCCAGGAGCAGUCAACAGACUUCCUAAGCCGCCUUCGUCGAUGCCUUCCCUGCGCCCAGGGUCAAGGAGCAGUUCCCCCCGAGUCCCCUCGGCCUUGUUCCCUGCCCCUCCGCCCUUGCUAUGGUUCAGAACCUGGCCCAGCUACUCUGGACUUCUACACCCUGGUGGCUCAGCGGCUUGAAGAGCUGGUCCAAGAGCAACUGAGAUCACCACCUAGCCCAGAGUUACAGGGCCCUCCACCCACUGAGAAAGAAGCCCUGCUGCGGAGGCUGGUGGUCUUGCUGGAGGAGGAGGCAGAAGUUAUCAACCAGAAGCUGGCCUCAGACCCAGCCCUGCGCCGCAAGCUGGCCCGUCUCUCCACGGGCUCUUUCUCACGCCUUGCUGAGCUGUUCUCUAGCCGCGAGACCAGUCCUCGACCCAGCCGCACACACCCCUCGUUACCGUGCCCUGGGCCCCCACCGCCUUCCCCGGAGCCCCUGGCCCGCCUGGCCCUGGCCAUGGAGCUGACCCGGCGCGUGGCCCGGCUAGGGGGCACCUUGGCCGGACUCAGCGUAGAGCACGUCCACAGCUUCUCACCCUGGAUCCAGGCCCACGGAGGAUGGGUUUCUGCCAUAUACAGAUUCCAGCUUUUGCAGGUGCAUGAGGGCAUCCUGGCCCUUUCUCCUGUGGACUUGAACUUACCCCUGGACUGAGAUCUUCUUCAGAAGCUGCUGCAAACCUGGAUGUCAUGCCCCUGCUCCCUUCAUGUGCUUCUGCAGCCUUCCUGUUCCCACUCAGGGCUGCGCGGUGCUGGCCGCCCCA